GAAGAAACGAUGAUUCCGUUUCUUCAUUUCUUCAGGGAGAGUAAUAACUUCAAAGCAUCUUAUUUCAUUUAUCAUUUUUUCAAACAAAAAUAAGGGAAAAAUUAUGCUAUAGAGCUAUUUCAAAUGAAGGAUUUCCCUUAUUGUAGUUACUGCGCAGGUUUUGUAGCUGUUUCUAAUUGUAAACAAAGUAGUUGUAGUAGACUGGUGGCGCGAAGGUAGUAAAAUUUAUAGAGGAGGCGACUGUUAUUUAUUUAUCGUGAUUAUUGCUGGCAGGGUAUAUAGAACAACAUCGCAGGAGUGUGUUAGUAUUACUCCCGUUUGUUAUUCUUAUUGGUUGGCAGCACAUCGACAUGAUAUACUGUGGUAAAUUUGUCUCGUUUACAUAACAUUUUUGACGAGGCUUUAGUUCAUUUUGAUUUAUUUUGCGAUAAUUCCGAUGCAUUGAUCUUUGCAUGUUUAGAAGGGAUAUUUUUUGUAAAUUUUAAAGUACCAUUGGCAUAUUUUGCAACAUAAUGGGCGGAGCUGAGCUACAAACUUGCAACAAUUCCUAUGUAAACGGGGCUUUUGUUUGUGUUGUGCUAGGAACUGGAACAGGCAUUUCAUUCUGCAUCUGUCGGUAUGUUUUUCAAAUAAAACUUAUAAAAUGCUAGGGUGCAUGUUUCAGUUUUUUCAUAAGUUUCAGAGGAUGGAGGGCCUUCAAGUUGUACCCUGCUUGAUCUGCAAAAACCACCUGAUCAACUCGAAAAGCUUGUAUCAAGAGAAAACUAUGUAUACAAAAACCCCUUUGAUAACAAAGCUCUCAAAAAUAGUUCGCAAAAGACUGGAGACACAUCUGGUUCCUCCAGCAGAAGUUUGUGGAACAUGCCACUCUCUUCUGGAUCUUGUGGAUGAACAUGAAAGCAAACUACUGGCUUAUGAGAAUGAGGUGCGACUCAAAUUCAAGCUGCCAUUUCCCAUCGUGUUGGAGGAUAAGAACGACGUUGCUCCGCCUCCGUUCGACGACCAGCCAAUCGGCGAGCCACAGAUGGGCAGCGCGGCCAAUGCCGAGCUCGAGCCGGGGCCCGAUGACGUCAUUGUGUCGGCAGACGACACCGGAUUGGUCACCGUGACCUACAGCCAGCCGGACGCCGACUCCGACGCGGGCCGACCGCCGGGCCCCAGCUCUCCGGCAGUCAUAUGGGACGGGGACUCAGACCAGCAGAUCAUCAUAUUCAAGGAGGAGGAGACGCCCGUGGUCGGUCUGCUGGACGAUCUGGUGCCCGCCGAGCCACCGGUGGCCAGACCAGUUCCGUCAGCCACCAGCCGACCGCCAGAGGUGUCCAACCGACCACCAGCAGUUUCCAGUCACCCCCCGCCGCCGCCACCGCUGCCACCACCGCCACAGCCGCCCGUUCAACCGCCGAGUGUGUUCUUCUGCGACGUCUGUGACGCACCAUUCACAUCCACCGAAAUGCUGGCUAGUCACCGCAGCACCCACCCGCUGCUGCGCUUCCAAUGCGUCUUCUGCGCCGAGCGCUGCGCCACCACGAAGGAGCUCAGCCGACACAUGAAUGAGGCGCACGCCGACCAGCUGAUGCCCUGUGGCCACUGCGACAAACGGUUUGCCACCAAAGCCGGUCUCAAGCAGCACGUCAAACAGCACGAGGAGAGGAGGCAUGUCUGCCCGCUCUGCCCGCGCAGGUUCGUCGCCCUGCACGACCUACAACUGCACUCUAUCUACAAGCACAGCGACGAGCGGCCGUUCAGCUGUGAUGUCUGCCGGCGCACCUUCAAAACGCUCUGCAUUCUGCGCCGGCACAAACUCCGACACACCGGCCUGAAACCGCACACCUGCGCUCACUGCGGCAUGACGUUCACCCACAAGUUCGCCAUGGAGGCCCACGCGGUAAGUCACCAGUCGCACCGGCUCAAGUGCGCCACCUGCGGAAAGAAGUUCGGCCUUCAGCGCUCUUUGGAGCAGCACAUGAGGCUAAUGCACCGACAGGAGGUGUAUGUCAGCUGAGUUACACCGACAGAGAGUGUUUGUCAGCUAAGAUACACCAACAGCUGGUGUUUUAUGAGCAGCUGAGGGACACCGAUAUAGGAGGUGUUUGUUAGCUAAGUUACACCGGCAGCAGGUGUUUGUCAGCUGAGGAACACUACCAGCGGGUGAUUGUGAGCUGUGUUACACCGACAAGAGGUGUUUUGUCAGUUGACGGACAAUGACAGGUGUUGGCCAGUUGACGGUACGGACCAGAUUGCUGUGAUCGGUAUGAAUGAAGAAAUAUCAUAAGUCAGUUAUACUUUAUUGGACUUGGAUGUGUGUACUCAGUGUAUUAAUAUUUGAGUCUGUGUAACUGGAUACCAAUCAGUUGGCAGUGAUAUUUUGUGUCGCCUUUUGAGGUAUGAUCGGAGUCGUAUCCGCUCGUGGUUUCUGUUCAGGCCAGUGUUCUGACAUAAAAAGCAGACGUCAUUGCAGACCCUGCGCGGUUUACGGAGCCGGGCUGGAAGUCCGGCGCUGUACUGUAGCGUGAUGCUGCUGGGCUUUCUCGUCUACCUCAGGAGUCACGCCACACUGAUUGUCCGUAUUAUGAGGCGGAACGCCGUUUAUAACAAUGCAUUACAUUUUCAACUGACAGUGUUGGCGCCCAACGGAAAUACAAGAGUGCGCUUUGCAACAUUUUU